AUAGAGUCCAAACUCAUCAACCUCCUCCGGCACGGAAUCGCGAGAACUCUCACUUUUCGCCCUACCCCGCAAAAGUCUCUCUCUCUCUCUCUCUCUCUCUCUCUCUCUCUCUCCAAACAGAAAAUCAAAAGAAAUCAGCGAUUCAAACUAGGGUUUGUUGAUGUCUGUGGGAUUUGGAGACAUAGACCUUAACUCCGACGUCGGGAACGGCGGGGUCCAUGGGGUUGACGCGCCGGAAUCAACCGUUGGAUUCGAUGGUCGGGAUGGCGAGGGUUUAGGCUCUGCAGAGAAGGCAAACGGUACGGGAGCGGAGAUGGGGCGUUUAGAGAGAGAGAGCGAUGAGAAAUUGGUUGGUGGGGGAGUUGGAGGUCAAAUUGGGGUAAAUGAUAGUGCAAUUGGUUUGGGCUUAAAUUGUAAUCUCCAGGAUAUUGAUAGGUUUCAUGGGGUUUCUACGUGUUCUGGUCAAAAUAAUGAAGGUUUGGGGAAGAAUUGUAGUGUGUCUACGUGUUCUGGACAAAAUAAUGACGGUUUGGAGAAGAAUUGUAUUGUAUUUUCCGAGGGAACAGUUGUAGACAGAGGCGGAAAAAGUAUUUAUGUUGCUGCGGUGUCUGGUGAAGACAUUGAGAUUGAAAAUGUUAAACAGGGGUCCCAAAUGAAGGAGUUUCAGACUGAAAAAGGUCAAUUUCGCAUGUCUGAUUUAGUCUGGGCCAAAGUAAAGAGCCAUCCGUGGUGGCCGGGACAGAUAUUUGAUCCGUCUGAUGCAUCAGAGAAGGCAAGGAGAUAUUCUAAAAAGGAUGGGUUUUUGAUAGCAUUUUUCGGGGACAAGACAUUUGCUUGGAACGAGGCGCCACUGAUGAAGCCAUUUCAGAUGCAUUUCUCUCAAAUGGAGAAGCAGGGUAGCACGGAAGCUUUUUCUCAUGCUGUGAAUUGUGCUUUGGAAGAGGUCUCAAGACGAGUGGAGUUUGGACUUGGUUGUUCAUGUUUAUCACCAGAGGUCUAUGAUAAGAUCAAAACCCAGAUUGUUGUUAAUUCCGGUAUCCACGAAGAAUCAAGUAGAAGAGAUGGUGGGGAUGAAAGUUCAAGUGCCGCUUCCUUUAUGCCUGUGAACCUACUGCAAAAUGUGAAAACUGUAGCACAAUAUCCAUAUGGUGAAAUUGAUAGAUUGGAAUCUGUCACAGCACGAGCCCAGUUGUUAGCCAUCAGCCGUUGGAGGGGUUUUUAUUGCUUGCCUGAGUUUCAAAUGCUUGGUGGUGGGUGGUUGGAGGAUGGGGCUGACAUUCCUGUAAUUGGUGAAAGCAAGUAUUCUGAGGAUUCAGUUUGUGUCGAUGAGCAAUUAUUGCCUUUGAGAAAAGGAAAGUUGGUUAGUCAAGAUACUUCUUCACGGAAGCGUAAGAUAUCUGGUGCUGGUGUGUCCUCGAGCAAAAAAGAGAGAUGCUUGUCCGACUUGAUGUCUAGGAGCCACUCGAAUUUGUCAAAUGGCAUGGGUGAACAGGAGGUGAAAGUAGGCAGGUAUUUGAAUUCUUCGUCUUUUGUUAAGAAACGCAAAGCACUUGAUUCUGUGCCUGAUGUCUCAGGGGUGGAAAAUAAGAAAGUUUCUCCGUUGACCAAAAAGCAGUUUCCGGGAGUUGGGGAAAGCAUGUGUAGGGUUGCAAACCAACUAGCUAUUUCAAGUCUAAUUGUUAAGGAUGGCUCUGGGAGUAACAAAGGUGGCAGCAAAAGAUCUUCUAGGAGUAAUUCCGAGAAAUCCCAAAGAAGAAAGGUCAUUCCAACAGAGCACUCUUCGCCAGAUGAGAUGCUCUUACAAAUCUACAUGGCUUCCAGAGAUCCUGUGAAAGGGUACAACUUCUUGGCUUCCAGUGUUGUUUUUUUGAGUGAGUUUAGGAACUCAUUUUGCCUGGAGAAAUCUACUUCACGAGGAGACAAGAAACCAACUGGGAAAGUAACUAGCAAGAAGAGUGGGAAAAACUUCCGUGACGUAGGAACUACAGAAACACCAGGGUUUGGGGGAACGGAAGACUCUUAUUGGACUGACAUGAUUGUUCAAAGUAACACUGAAGAGCAAGUGUUAUUUGAACCCGAGAUUCCAAAGGAAAAUGGUAGCCCUACUGUCGUAACAGAAGCUACUCUCGAGUCAGGUCAAGGAUUGGAGUUGAAACAGGAAACAGAGGUAAUUAACCCUAAAGCGGGUAUAAUGCCAGAAGGUGAGGAAGGUCAAGGAUUGGUGUUGAAACAGGAAACUGAGGUUAUUAACCCCGAAGCGGGUAUAACACCAGAAGGUGAGGAAGGUCAAGGAUUGGUGUUGAAACAGGAAAUUGAGGUUAUUAACCCCGAAGCGGGUAUAAAGCCAGAAGGUGAGGAAGAAUACACUCCAACUGCAUUAAAACUGAACUUUGCAGACUUGGAGUCAGUUCCUUCAGAAUCGAAUCUCAAUGCUAUAUUUAGCCGCUACGGAGCUUUGAUUGAAUCAGACACUGAGGUGCUGAAGAAGAGCAAACGUGCGAAAGUGGUCUUCAAGAGGCGUUCUGAUGCUGAAACUGCUUUCAGCAGUUCUGGAAAAUUCAGCACUUUUGGGCCUUCACUAGUCAGUUACCGCCUCCUUUACUUGCCUUCUACACCGCGCAAAAGUCCUACUUCAGCCACAAAGCGAAGCAAAAAGGGUGCAACAUCUGUUGAAGGCAAUGGUGCUUGAUAGUUGCUGCGAAUUGCUUUAGGUACGAAUAUUGUCCAUUUGAAAACUCAUCGUCCCCGUGGUUGGUUUUAUUACUGGAAAAUAAUUGCACGCAAAUAGUUAGGACUGAGCACUGUACUUAGCCACUCUUGGCAUUCCUUAGAACACUAACCCAUGUUAUUAAUUUGGUUCACUGUAAGGAGUAGUUUGAGAUUUUCAGUUGUGCAUUUGUAUUUUGUAAAUCUUUUCUAGCCUUGCAGAUUUUAUUGACCUUCAGAUUGAGAAAUUCA